CCGGGGGGCUCCUCGUCCUCCGGGGGGUCCCAGCAGUGCAGCACUCUCUGCUCAACCUCCCCAUCGUGGCCAUCGAGAACAUCCUGAACUUCCUGAGCUACGAUCAGAUCAGCCAACUGCGCCUGGUGUGUAAGCGUAUGGAUUUGGAGUGUCAGCGCAUGCUCAACCAAGGAUUCCUGCGGGUGGAACGCUACCACAGCCUAUGUCAAAAACAAGUCAAAGCACAGCUGCCCAGGAGGGAAUCGGAGAGGCGGAAAUCACUCACUGGCACGCCAUGCCGACAUCCUGGCUGCGGUCGAGACUAGGCUUUCCUUACUCAACAUGACAUUUAUGAAAUAUGUGGACUCUAAUCUUUGUUGUUUUUAUUCCUGGGAAGGUUAUCGAUGAAAUCUACAGUGUGCUGCGGUAUGUCAAUUCUACGAGAUCCCCACAGCGGGCUCACGAGGUUCUGCAGGAAUUGCGGGAUAUUUCGUCUAUGGCAAUGGAAUAUUUUGAUGAGAAGAUAGUUCCCAUACUUAAAAAGAAGUUGCCGGGUUCGGAAGUGUCAGGUCGACUUAUGGGCUCUCCUCCAGUUCCAGGCCCCUCCACCACACUAAGCACGAUUCAGCUGCUCUCCAAGCAAAAUCCCUCAAGACAGGAAGUGACAAAACUGACACAGCAGGUGAAAGCCAAUGGAGCUGGUAUGACAGUCCUCAGGCGGGAAGUGUCUGAGCUACGCACCAAGGUACAAGAGCAGCAGAAACAGCUACAAGACCAGGACCAGAAACUGCUAGAACAGACCCAAAUCAUAGGCGAGCAGAACGUGCGACUUGCUGAACUGGAGCACAAACUGCGCGAGGUCAUGGAGAGGGCUGUUGGCAAUCCUGGAACAAGCCCGCGUGAGGACUCCCCUCAAAAAAGGAAGAAAGUAGCUGAAGUUGCAGACUGUCCUAGGAAAUCAAAGCGCCUUCGAACCAGAAAGUGA